CGCGGAAGUGCCCAGCAAAAGUGCUCGUAUAUGUUGUAUAUAACUACUCUUACGAGUAGAUGGCCAUGGUAUAAAAAUAUUAUUCGGAUCCGUGGGGGUGUGUACGUGUGUAUUUGUGUGCGCGCAUAUAUGCGUAUUAUGUAUCUUUUGCCGGUCGAUUAUCUAUUGUAGAGUGUGUACAUAUAAUUUGCCCUAAUAUUGUGGAUGUAUGUGUAGAUUUGUAAUACUUGGACAUUAAUUGUGUGCAGCCGAAGUAACUCCUUAUGACUUAAGGGAUUGGGAGAUAUUCUGAUAGUCCUCACGGAUUAUUUUUGAUCAUGUGAUUUGUGGACUUCAAGCCAGUAGAUUUUCUUGAAGUGGAUGGCUUUGAAUCUCAAUUCUGCAUUCCUCGUACACUGAACCAUCUAAGACUAUUCAACCCAUAGAUGGUGGUGGUGAGUGGUAGCUGGAUAAAGAAUGUGGUGUCAUAUCCAGGUGCUGGUGAUGUGAUAGGCACUCCUAAAAUGGCUGCAAGGGCUGUACUGAUGUGCCGCCCGAACUCGCAUCCUUUUCAGGAGCGUACUCUAACCCUAGAUCAGCCCGUGAAGAUUGGACGAUCAGUUGCACGUGCUCGAGCGUCCCAGAAUAACGCAAUUUUUGACUGCAAGGUCCUAUCUCGGAAUCAUGCCUUACUUUGGUAUGAGAAUGGAAAGUUUUAUCUUCAGGAUACAAAGAGCAGUAAUGGUACAUUUGUUAACAACCAAAGACUCAGCAAAGGGUCUGAAGAAUCUCCACCUCGCGAAGUAUGUUCUGGAGAUAUUGUACAGUUUGGAGUUGAUGUCAUGGAAAAUGCACGCAAAGUAACUCAUGGAUGCAUUGUUGCCACUCUUCGGUUGUUUCUGCCUGAUGGUAAAGAGGCGAAGGCCAGUCCUUCGACAUCUGUUGUGAGUUCGGUGGGAAUGGUGCCUUUGGAAGAUCUAUAUCAACUCAAUCAAUAUUUACAGGAUGCUUUGCAAAGGGAGCAAUUACUGGAAAACAAGCUUGCUGCGCUGCAAAGAUUAGUAGAAAAUACACGUCAAGCUUCUGAUGUUGGUUGGAAAGCACUUAUAGAUGAAGACCGUCUACUCUCCCGAGUAGAAAUCCUUGAAACACAGCUACUAACUUAUUCAAAGAAUUUUGCUGAGGAUAAAUUGAGAGAUGAAUUACGAAAAUUACAAGAAGACAAGAGUCUAUAUCAAGGAACUGCCAAAGAAUCAUUGAGAAAACUUCUUCAAGAAAAAAUUGAUGCGGUACAAAGAUUAAAUGAUUUAGAACGCACAUUGAGCAACACAGAAGACGAAUGUGCACAUUUGAAAGAGAUAAGAGAGCAGAGUCAACAAGAUCUGAGUGAUCUAGCUCAAAAGUACAGUCAGCAGUUGCAGAGAAUUGAAGAUCUUUCUCAUAAACUAAUGGAAACAGAAGAACAGAGACGUGAAUCAUGUGAACGCUUGGAACAAGAAAAGCAGGAACUUGCAGCUCGUUUGGAAGAACAAACAAGUACCGAAAGAGCAUUGCAAGCACGUAUCGAUGCAUUGACCAAAGAGGCUAAUAUUCAGAAUCGUCUCUCCAAUGUUCACAGUUCGAGUCGUUCUUUAUUGGAGAGCAAAUUGGAAGUAGAGAUGGGGAAAGCUACAGAUUCGACAGUACGGUUAGAAGAAUCACGUACUCAGGAGGAUUCUAAUGUGGAAUUAACCCAGAGACUUGAAGAGAGACUUCAAGAUUUAGAAGCACAAUUGUGUAAACUACAGGCUGACAAUAAUAGAACACAGAUGGGAGUUCCAAUACCAAAUCAAGCACUCAUCCUGAAGGAGGAUAUUGCGAAGCUGAGAUUCGAACACUGGCAGUUAAUACAACGUACCACUGAACUUACUGCAUCCAAUGAGAGCCUUCAGAAUGAAUGCGAAAGGUUAUCUCAAGGAUUUGGUGGCAGAACUGUUGUUAAAGACCUUGAAGAUUUGCAAGAAAAAUGUAAGGAAGCUGACAAAAUGAUGUCCGCUUUGGAAGAGGAAUUGGUACUGGUUAAAGAACGAUACAGGAUUUGUAACGAUGAAAAGACUCAAACAUCUAAAGAGUUACUUUCGCUGCAGGAAGAGUUCGGCAAUAUUACCAGCCAAUCGUAUGCUGUGCCUGUUCAUUAUGUCAUUGCUAUCAUUAUGGUUUUGGCAGCUGUAUUUUUUUCUGUUCAUCAGUUUCUUUGAAUUGUCUGUGUUUCAUCAGUAAACUUUACUUUCACUCUAAGUUUUUAAAACUUGCAGACAUUGAUGUGCUUCGUUAGUUGCACAUCACAUAUCUGUUUGGAGAAAGGUUUUGUGGUGUGGUUUGGUGCCUCUAGCACUUGUGUUCCUAGGAACAGUGAUGGCAUUUUAUCCCACUCUCUCCUACCUCACAGGCACAUCAGACCCAUUAGAUUACUAGAGUAUAUGAUUGCUGAAUGUAAGGAGUCUACACUGAAUGAAGAAGGAGUAGGGAAAAUAUUAAUUUAUAAAACUGCAAGUAAUGUAAUUAAUAAAACUACGUUGUUCGUGAUAUUGAUCAAUGCAAUUUAAAAAAUGAUCUAUCACAUUUGGUUAUGGAAAGCUAUAAUGGUGCUUUCUAAUAUCAUGUAUGUGAAAAAUUCAUAUACCAAUAAUACGCUUCUGUAAGUGUGUAUAUGCUGGUGUGCUUGUGUAAUUCCGAAGAGAUACUAAUACGGCAAAAGAUUACUAGUAUGUUGAGUUGUGUGUGGGGGAGAUGUUGCAUCGGACAAUGAUAAACAUUUUUAAAGGUAUUGAUUAACCAAUGUUUUUAAUUUGAACACAUGUGAAAUUACUGUGUGUUUUUAUUGGUAUUUAAGAUACUUUUAACCCUUUAAGUACGGAGAGACCGACAUGUCAUGGCAGAUCAACUACAACACUCCUUCCACCACUAAUGUGUUCAAAAAGCAUUUGCUACAAUGAUUAUUUUAUUUUGAAGUGUGUGAAUGUCAAUGAAUGAAGAAUUUGCAGCAAUGAAAUAAAAAGUAUAUGCUCAACUAUCUACGACACAGUAUGUUCUGUUAUUUGCCAUGCCUGUGACAGGUCUUUGCCCAUCAGAUAGUAAGGGUUGUAUUUGUUUGAGUUAGUUUGUUAAUAUCUUUUACUAGAUAAAUACUUAGGAUGGUCAUAAUUAAAUUUCGCACGAACAUUAAACGAAAAACGCGAAACGUAAUGAGAACUUUCUCGCGAAGAAGUAGUACAGUAUAACCUGUUGGAUAUUUUGGAUCUGUCAAGUGCGUCCCAUCAGUGGCCCCGACAUUCUAAAUUCGCUCUAUAUUGUACACAGAAGCGGCUAGAAUGGGAGAGGGAGGCAGCUGGGGAAACUUGCUCUAGGCCUCGACUUAAUAGGGGCCCGAAUUGUUUCUUAUUCAGAACAAAUAGAAAAUGUGUUUAUGUCUUCUCAAAUUAACCGCUGUAAGGUAUUUCUAUUGCACAAAGAAAUUAAUUCGGUUUAUGCAUUGGAGGAGGGGCGGAACUUGCUAAAAGGUGGGGGGCACCGCGGUUGCUUCAGGGCUCUGGGCGCCGCUGGCUGAACCACUCCUAUUGCCGCUGGCUUGACACUCAUAAUAUAAUUCUCAGUGUGUCGGUACAUGUGUAAACUUGUCCCUAAUAAACUCUUUCAAGAUAUUUCACCACCAAAGAAAACGAAGGCCGUGGCCUUCAAGCAUUUGAAAACGAUGGGCCAACAAUUCGAUUGUCAUGAAACAUGUUAAUAAAGCGAUAUUGAACUGGACGAUAUCGUGCGUUUAAAAACUGUUGCUUCCGUAGCAUUCGCUCCUAGAUGACAGGCAAAGCAUGUUUCAGUAAUAAUGCCCACACGUGAACUAUAACAUCAUUUGGUCGAGUAUGGUAUUGUAGAUCUGUUGCGUAGAAAAACCACCUUGAAUAGGGCUUAACUGGACAGGCGUAGAGCAAGUGACAGUCUGUCCGGAAGCGUGGCUUAAGGCAACGAUCUCACGAUACCACGUGAUUGCUGUAACGCAAUCGUGCUCGAAGAUCAAACGUUGCCGAUACUGAAUUCGUAGUGAAAUGGAAGCCUGAGGGAAGCUUAACACUGGCUCCCCAGCAGCAGCGUAAGAUGGAAGCGUAUCGCUCACCAUGACACUUCUAGCACCUGCGCAGGAAAAGGUAACUUUUCUAAGCGCUUCACCUACAAUUUAACCAAUGAAUCAUGAAAGUAUUGUGGUCAUUAUCUAACUCUUAUCAUAUUCCAAUCGAUAUUGGUAUUCGUACGACUAUUUCCUGCCCGCAAUCUGUUUAGUGCGGAAAACUUAAUUAUGACCACCCGAAGUUAUCACUGACAGUUUAUUUUCGCCCGACUUUGUAUCUUGAAAUUUAAGAAUCAAUUUUUCGAUUUGAAAACACUGAAGAUUUGGUUAUUCAUUUUGUUCCGUUUUUAUUUUUAAUUUCUUGUUUGAGUUGUGAUCUGGUUGGGUUUGUUUCAAUUUUGUUGAUAUUUGUAUAAACUCUAGUUUCCGUUUUUUAAUUAUCACAAGCUUUUAUGUAUUUAGAAAAUGGUAAUCAUAAAUAAUCUUUAUUAUUAUUCAUGUGCAUCAGAGUACAUUUUGUACAUUAUUAUGUAAACCAAUUAAAUCAUACUGGUGUUAUUUAUUUAUUCUCCUGUGUGUUUACUUCUCCCUCUUUGGUUCAUUCAGUUUUUCAUUAGGUGAGUUCCUGUGUGUGUGUAUAUAUAUUUGGUACAAAUUCCAAUUAACCUUUUUUGCUAUUGAAGGUAAUAGAAUUAUUGUGAAUAUAAUUAUAAGAUUGGUCUCAAAUUGUAUCUCUUUUGGGCUCUAGAUAGUCCACACUACAAAUAUUUGCUUUGCAAUAAUGACUUUAAAAUUGUGAAUAUGAUGUAUGGAGUUUUGUAAUAGAACGGUAUUGAGUGUUAAAUUAUUCUCUUGCAACUCCAAAAUCAACUUUCAAGUAAAAUUUAUUAACAAAAUAAAUACCAUAAAGUAAGGGAAAAAUGAGAAAUUAAAUUCAGAAUUUAGAUUUAUUUAUACAAAAAGUACUUCAGAAAGGGUAAGUAAUUUUGCAAAGAGCAUUUGUUGUAGUAAUGCAUUUCCUUGGUAUAUACAAAUUUAUUUUUCUAUAAAAGUUGGAGAAAUAAUCCAAACAAUGAAUACUUGCAUCCCAGUAAAGAAGGCAGUCCGUACAGACAUUCUUUGUGUAAAGUCUUUAGAAGAGGAUGUUCUCCCAGUAAUCUAUUUCUAUUUCUCUCCUUUGUGUUGCGUAGUUUUGUCAUUUCUCUGCUAUUACGAGUUUUCUCGGUCUAUAAGGUAUUGCCGUUGGAGUGAUUACUUUCAUUGUUUAAAAUUAAAAUAUAGUCAAUUAGAUAACAAUAAACCUAAUUGCAAUAUUU